GGGGCUGGAGCUGGGGGCUUGUCGCCCAGGCUCCGCCCUCUCUAAAGACUGUAGUUAGUGCUCGGAGCAGUUGUGAGUGAGGUAUUAGAGCGAUACCGAGGACCUGGAGGAAACUUGCUGCCUGCGAUAAGGACACUGUGAAGGUUCUGUUCGCUGGAAGAGGGGAGGUCUCUGGAAUCCCUCCUGGAUCUUUAUUGAGGAUUCGAAAAGAAGCAGGGCCAUGGGGACAGCGAAGGUCACUACACCUCUGGUCUUUGCCAUCACAAUUGCUACAAUAGGCUCUUUCCAGUUUGGCUACAACACUGGAGUCAUCAAUGCUCCUGAGGCGAUCAUAAAGGACUUUCUCAACAACACUUUGAGAGAGAAGUCAAAAAGCGCGCCCUCUGAGGUGUUACUCACGUCCCUGUGGUCCUUGUCUGUGGCCAUAUUCUCCGUUGGUGGUAUGAUUGGCUCCUUUUCCGUUGGACUCUUUGUCAACAGGUUUGGCAGGCGCAAUUCAAUGCUUAUUGUCAACCUUUUGGCCAUCACUGGUGGCUGCCUUAUGGGGUUCUGCAAAAUAUCACGGUCGGUUGAAAUGUUGAUCCUGGGCCGAUUGGUUAUUGGCCUCUUCUGUGGACUCUGCACAGGAUUUGUGCCCAUGUACAUUGGAGAGAUCUCGCCCACGGCCCUGCGGGGGGCCUUUGGCACUCUCAACCAGCUGGGCAUCGUCGUCGGGAUUCUGGUGGCCCAGAUCUUUGGUCUGAAACUCAUCUUGGGCACUGAAGAGCUCUGGCCCCUGCUCUUGGGCUUCACCAUCAUUCCAGCUGUCCUGCAGUGUGCCGCCCUUCCCUUUUGCCCUGAAAGUCCUCGGUUCCUGCUCAUUAACAGAAAGGAAGAGGAGAGCGCUAAGGAGAUCCUCCAGCGAUUGUGGGGCACACAGGAUGUGGCUCAGGACAUCCAGGAGAUGAAGGAUGAGAGCCUUAGGAUGGCCCAGGAAAAGAAAGUCACAGUGCUGGAGCUCUUCAGAGCACCCAACUACCGGCAGCCCAUCAUCAUCUCCAUCAUGCUCCAGCUCUCCCAGCAGCUCUCUGGCAUCAAUGCCGUGUUCUAUUACUCAACGGGAAUCUUCAAAGAUGCCGGUGUUCAGGAGCCAAUCUAUGCCACUAUUGGGGCUGGCGUGGUUAAUACCAUCUUCACUGUGGUUUCUCUGUUCCUGGUGGAAAGGGCAGGGAGGAGGACUCUGCAUCUGAUAGGCCUUGGAGGCAUGGCUUUUUGUUCCCUCCUCAUGACAAUUUCUCUGUUAUUAAAGGAUAAUCAUACCUGGAUGAGCUUUAUCUGUAUUGGGGCCAUCUUGGUCUUCGUGGCCUUCUUUGAAAUUGGCCCGGGCCCCAUUCCCUGGUUUAUUGUGGCUGAGCUCUUUGGCCAGGGACCCCGCCCGGCUGCCAUGGCAGUGGCUGGUUGUUCCAACUGGACCUCCAACUUCUUGGUUGGACUGCUCUUCCCCUCAGCUGCAUUCUAUUUAGGAGCCUACGUUUUUAUUGUCUUCACCUGCUUCCUCGUUGUCUUCUGGGUCUUCACCUUCUUCAAAGUCCCUGAGACCCGCGGCAGGACUUUUGAGGAAAUUACGAGGGCGUUUGAAGUGCAGGUGCCGGCGGGGAGCCGCGCUGAGAAAGGCCCCAUCGUGGAGAUGAGCAGCAUCCCGCCCUCCAAGGACGCCGUCUAGGCCGGGCCUCCUUCCCACCUCCCUCGCAUCAGGAAAAGCAACCUCUCCCUGAACAAGGGCGAGCCCUCAUCAGGUUGUUACUACCCAGGACUGUUUUCUGAAUGCUGCUACUUGAUUCCCUCUCUCAUCCCCCAAGCUUGAUGGGCACGCAGAGGACCCCGCGCUGGGGUGGGUCGUUCUCUCCAGUGGCUCUUUACAGUUUCAUUUCUUGGACAUUCUCUUCUGUUAAAGGAGAGACCAAGGGAACCUACCUUCAUUUCCGGAGGGAUUGGCCGCUUGGCGAAUGACAGCUUUGCCAGCUCUUGCUCCCUCAGGUUCUAAUCCUGCCUCCUGCAGGCGUUCAGGGGAGCACGUGUGAGGGUGCCUUUCCUCCCACCUCAGACUUAGCAGGAAGCCGAUGCACAGAAGAGUGUGGAGGGCAGAGAGGGGUACCUAAGAGCACCUUCCGCACUUCCAUACAGCUCGGCAGAGCAAAUUACCUUGUUUUUAUUUAUUUUAUCGUCUGGUUUUAUUGCAUAAAUAUAUAUUUUUUUAACUGUAAUUUACCAAAUAAUGAAAGCAUAAGGAAAUUGAGGUUUAGAGGGAGGUACUUAAAGAGAGGUUAGAGGAUGAACGGUUUAAUUCUGAAGAGGUUAAGGUGCAAUAAGAAGGGGUGAAUUCAGGUGAUGCGUCAUCGGAGGGUGUGUGGUGUGUGUGAGGUUUGCACAUGGCCUCUUAACAGUUUCUGUCCUUCAGAUGAAAACUCUGAAGGUUAAUAAUUUCUCAGAAAAGUCACGUGCCUGUAUAAAGAUGCUACUAGUUUUCCUCUGGAACUUUUUUCUUUAAGAUUAUAUGUAGUAUUACUUGAAAUCUAGGAUUAUUACUUAGAUGGGCAUUGUAGUUAACGGUUGAUGGGGUCUCAUUUGGGAUAGAGUCCAGAGAAGGGAUGGUUAUUUCUAGAAGUCCUCUCUCCCCUCACUGGACCAAACAGCUUCUUUCUUUUGUAGUAAACUCACUCUAUUUUAUUAUUUUUUUAAGUACUCCUACUGCCCAUCUGGUGGGAUAGCCCCCAAAUGAGCAACGUAAAAUCUCGGUUCUUGGUAGAGGUUGGUUAUUUCUCCAGUUUGUUCUUUAGACAACUUUAGAUGUUGAUUUUUAUUUUGUUCUUGAAGCCAUAGCUUUAAAAGAAUUCAGAGAUAUUCAUAGCUAGCUUGGAAUUUGUAACCUCAGCAUAAGAGAGGUUUGUUCCUGGACGAUUAUUAUCCAGUUGAGGUAUGUUACACGAUAGGAUCAUCUCACACUUAUUGAUGUCUGUUACUAUGUCAAGUUACCCUUGUUACCAUGUCAUCUCAGUAUUAUGUCCAGUGCCCUCAGCGGCCUUGACCUUUCCCAUAGACACACUUGAGACAGUAGGAGUGGUUGUGCAGUGUGGGUCACGCUUGAACGUGGAUGUCUGUGUGCUGUCACUUUGCUCUGGGUGGAAGUAGUUUAUGGGUAACUUGUUUCCUCUCUGUUCCUAAGGUCCCCCCCCCCUUUGGAUAGAAUGUGUUCAAACUCAUUCUUAUGUAUGUAAAUAGCACUGCCUCUGCUGGGUGGAAUUUGCAUCUUUAAUUUGCUUUCACACUUUAUAGAGGUCAGUCUCAUCAGGCUGCCUUUUCCUUACUGGAUUUUGCAAUUGAGGUGAACCUGCUCCAACCUCAGGCAACGGGAGGAUGUAGGAAAGAUUGAGAUCAGGAUGUGACCUCCUGGGGGCGCUGGAGAGGCCCAUGGGGAAGGGAGGCCUUUUUCUUUUAAGGGGAUAAGGAACAAACCGAAGACUUAAACUCUGGGGCUGUUCAGAAUUAGGCGAGAUGAGGGGGUCUACCCUUUAAGCAGGUCUCGGACGCCUCCACCAUCAUCCAGUUUCCCAGUAUUUUUACAAAUGGAGAUUGGGCCCCUCUCCCCUUUUCCAUAUGUUGCUUGAUCUCCGUCUCCCUCUUUGGUGCUUACAUAUUUCAGGCCGUUUAGCCAAACCCUUGCCUAUGACAGUAUUUUGGUUCUGUGGUUCUCACCAUUCCCUCUGGUCGCUGAGCCUUUGGAUAAAAACUCAGAGCCAUCAGAUGGGGCUUUGCCAGAACAGAUGACUUUCCUCUAAUUGCACCUCUGCUCUGGCUCCUCAAAAACAAUGAGUUGGCAGUAAUGCAGUGUGGAAGACUUCCCAUUUCUCAGUGACCAGAUUGUGAAUAAUUUCCAAGUGGAUUUUCUACUGUUACUGUGGUUCUUUGUUUUGAAAUAAAAAUUCUGAAUGUACAUAUAAA